AUGCUGUCGGCGAGUUUGCACCGGCUGGUGGAGGCCGCCAUCGUGCCGUUCGCCGAGGUUCUCACGCUCGCCGCCUUCGGCUACCUCCUCGCGCUGCCCAGUGUCAGCGUGCUCACCGACAAAGCCAGGCGCCUGCUCGGCAAGCUCGUCUUCGCGCUCUUCCUCCCAUGCCUCAUCUUCGCUUACCUGGGAGAUACGUUGACGCUGGAGCGGAUGCUUCUCUGGUGGUUCAUCCCCGUAAACGUCAUCAUCGCUGCCGUUUCUGGCUGCUUCAUGGGCCUGCUGGUCGUCGCGUUUGCCCGGCCGCCGCCUCGGUUUUACCGACUGACGAUUGUCAUGACAGGGAUUGGCAACAUCGGCAACAUUCCCCUCGCUAUUGUCAACUCAAUCUGCAGGAGAAAGCUGGACAACCCGUUCGGAUCCCCGGCGGAGUGCCAUCACCACGGCGUGGCGUAUAUAUCGUUCGCUCAGUGGGUGGGAGCGUUCAUCAUCUAUACCUUCGUCUACCACAUGCUGGAGCCACCGGAAGAGUUCUACGAGAUCGUAGCUCCUGAUACUGUACCCGGUUCUGCCGCCGCUCUGACUGACGGCUCCCUUUCUCCAACUCCCCUUUCUCCAAGCGCCUCUCUUCCGAUCCUCGCUUCUGGGUCGUCAGCAGCCAGUCCUUCUCUCGAACCUCAACCCGGUGGGAUCUUGCCAUCCGUAAAGAGCCUUCUUCCAGGCUCCUGGUUCCAGUCACAGCACCGCAGCUCGUUUCUACGGAAGCAGGAGCACGAGCACUACCAGCGGCUGAUCACGUCGCCCACUCAGUCCAGCCGUCAGCUGCUCGAGACGGAGUUCCCUAAUCUUCUUGAGGGAGUGGUGAAUGGGGAAAGAUUCGAUGGACAGCAGAGAGGAAGGGAGAGCGCGGUUUUGGAUGCAAUGGAGAGAAACGCAGCAGGCGAGGAAGGAGAUAUGGGUGGUAGCAGCGCAAGAAUGUCAUGGGAUGGGCGGUCUGCUAACCCACACGCCGUGGGGUGCUCUUGUGUGUGUGACAACUGCAAGGAGAAGUGCUGUGUGGGUGGGGUUGAAAGCAGCUCGGCCAGACGAAGCAGCAGGGGCAUGGAUGCGGCGGGUGGUAUAGAUGCUGAUGCCUGCACCUGUGGGGAGGAGGACGAUAGCACAGAGGAGCACAAGGGGCAGCAUGGUGUUGCUACUGCUACUGAGAAUAAUCCUGCUGCUCCGGACGGUCUUGACCAUGAGGAGGAGGUGGGGGGGGACGGGGAGGAGUAUGAGGAUGACCGUGACUUGGAGUGUGUGCCGUGUCUGCAGGAGCCCCAGGUGGUGCGAAAGAUGCGCGUUGUGGCAGAGCGCACACCCAUCCGCCACCUCAUGCAGCCGCCCGUCAUCGCCUCCCUCCUCGCCAUCCUCGUCGGCGCCACACCCCACCUUAAAGCCCUGCUCUUCGGCCCCUCCGCUCCCUUCCUCUUUGUCGUGGACAGUCUGACUAUCCUCUCCGGUGCCAUGAUACCCUGUAUCAUGCUGGUGCUAGGAGGGAACAUGAUCAGCGGGCCAGGGGGAGGAUCAGGGCUGGGACUGCGGACAACUGCCGCUAUCAGUGCAGUGCGGCUACUGGUUUCUCCGGUGGUGGGAAUGGUGGUGGUGCUGCUAGCGGAAUGGAUGAAUUUCCUGCCUCCGAAUGACAAGAUGUUCCGGUUCGUGCUGCUGCUGCAACACAGCAUGCCCAGCUCCAUUCUGGCUGGUGCUAUGGCGAGCUUGAGAGGGUAUGGUGAGAAAGAGGUGUCGAGCUUGCUCUUCUGGCAGCAUAUACUGUCGGCGUUUUCACUCACAAUCUUCCUCGCACUCUAUCUUCACUGGCUUAUCUGA